AAUUUAUCGAUAUUUGAAUAAAUGGGAAUACCCUACUUCAGCUACCGGCUAGCCGGCUUUCAUCUUUAUUUUAUUUUUUUGGGCUAUUUUGACCCCAUCCAUAUACUUAAUUUAAAAAUGUGUAUUAUAUUUAAUUUUUAGUAAAAUGAGGACUCGUGGUUUGAGGGUUGCCUUUACUGAUGAGGGUCGCCUUACCACUUUCAAACCUUCCGAUCCAUUUGAGUAUGAAAAAAGAAAAGUGAGAAAAGUAUACGGGACUAAAAUUACUCAGGCCCUGCUAGCCUCUUUACCUGAUAUUAACUCAAAAAUCGACAACUCAACCACACCAAACCAUGACAAUUCCAACUUAUCCAAUCUUAUCUCCGUACCUACAAAUUUACAGCCUGAUUCCAAAGCGGAAAAUACCCAAAAUGACAAAUCGCAUCAUAUAGACGAGAGUUAUGUGAAAACCAUUUCUGAUAAAAUAUGUGACUCUUGUUAUGACAUGUAUUCCUACUGUAACCGUACUUUUAAGCGUAAAAUAUUUGAGAUUUGUUCAAACAUUAAGCGUGAGAGUAAUUCUGAGCUCCGUGAGAAAAUUUUAACCCGAAAAAUGUCAAUUUCUCAACUCCUAACCACUGAAACUGUGGAACUUGCUCCUGAGGACGUACGUGAGAAACGUCGUCAAGAUAUUGAAAAACACUAUAUCAGAAACGUUAUAAUUAAGAAUCCAGACACUGUUACUGCUAAAUUUAAACAUUUUCAGUCAGAAUUCUCACCUUCCAAUGAUUCUUCCUCUAAUAAAACACCUGUUCCACCAACUGCCGAUCAAAAAACUGAACCUAAUAACUCUGGCAAAUUAGAUACUGAGGAUAAGGAACUACCUAAGGAUGAAAGUUCUCAGUUAAUGGCCAGUCUGAAUAAAAUAACUGAGCUAUACAACAUGAACAAGAAGGCUCGAAUCAUAGAAGACGAUGACAUAAAGUUAUCGAUUCCACCGAAAUCAGACUUUUACAAGUUUGAAAACGUUCAUGAACGGAUUUCUAAGCGGUUAAACUCGCUUCCGAAUAAUCUAUCUAGGCCAUUUUGGGACCCAUUCAACACCGCCACCAGACGCGUUGAACUUUUAAUGGAACGAUCAUCAAUUUUGAAAAAUAACUUACGUUAAUAUACUAACUCUUG